AACAUGUUUUUUUGUUUUUUGUCAGAUGGCAGAGGGAGACAAGAAGUCUGCCAAGAGGAAGCACGGGAGCCGGAACCCGGUUCUGGCCCGGGGCAUCGGCCGGUACUCCCGCUCUGCUAUGUUUGCUCGCAGGGCCAUGUACAAAAGGAAGUCCAAGACCACUGACACCAAGAUCGAGAAAAAGCUCAAGGCCAAACCCCAGUACACGGUUGUGAAAACUGUUGGAGGAGACAAGAAUGGAGGCACUCGUGUUGUUAAACUGCGCAAGAUGCCCCGCUACUACCCCACAGAAGACGUACCCCGUAAACUGAAGAGUCACGGCAAGAAGCCCUUCAGCCAGCACAAGAGGAACCUGCGCAGCUCCAUCACCCCCGGAACCGUGCUCAUCCUGCUCACCGGCCGCCACCGUGGAAAGCGUGUGGUGUUCCUGAAGCAGCUCUCAAGUGGUCUCCUGCUCGUCACUGGCCCUCUGGCCUUGAACAGAGUCCCUCUGCGCAGAGCCCACCAGAAAUUUGUCAUUGCUACUAACACGAAAGUUGACAUCUCUGGCAUGAAGAUCCCCAAAACCAUCAACGAUGCUUAUUUCAAGAAGAAGAAGCUGAGGAGGCCCCGUCACCAGGAGGGAGAGAUCUUUGAUACGGAAAAAGAGAAGUAUCAGGUGACAGAGCAGAGGAAGGCAGACCAGAAGGCUGUUGAUUCUGAGCUCCUGCCCCUUAUCAAGAAAGUACCUCAGCUGAGAGGAUACCUGCGCUCCUCCUUCUGCCUGUCUAAUGGAGUUUACCCACACAAGCUGGUUUUCUAACUUGUAAUAAAGAGUGCUACCAUCUA